AUGGCUGUCGACGGGAUGGAAAUAUCUCGGAUGCCUAUAAAAACCAUGCUUGAGUCUCUCCAACAGUCCUUGUCGAGCGCGGCAUCAUCUCUGCCCGCCAUCGACACGCCUGAAGCCCGUACGGGGGCCUCGAUUUUACCUCCAGCCGAUGGUAUUUCGCUGCUCGACACCAAAAGCGAGAUUCUCCUAUCCUACUUGCAGAACCUGGUGUAUCUUGUCCUCCUGCAAGUUCGUCAGCUAUCUUCCUCAUCGACAGACAGCUCACGACCGACUACCGACCCAAAUCAGGAAGAUGUAGUGAAGAAACUGACGGAGCUUCGAGUAUACCUUGAACGUGGUGUCAGACCACUUGAAGGGCGACUCAAAUACCAAAUUGAUAAAGUCCUGAAGGCCGCGGACGAUCUUGAGCGAACCAAGGCGCAGACCACCAAAAGCGUUGAGCGGCGCAAGUCUGCAAAGAGCGCUGAUUCUGAUGUGGAUACAGGGAAUGAGGAUGACAGUGAUCAGAGCGGUAGCGGUAGCGAUAGUGACGACGACAAGAAUGAAGAAGACGAAGAAGAUAUCGACGAAUUGACGUAUCGACCGAAUGUAGCUGCCUUCUCUCGCGCAGCAGAAGCCCAGGAGCAGAAACAAAAAGCCGCCGCACAAAAGAAAGAUACUACUAGCGACGGUAUCUAUCGACCCCCCAGAAUAAAGCCUACCGCUCUAGUUGAGCACAAGCCCAGCCGCCGCGCAGAACGUGAAGCCCAGCGAUCCAAGAAGUCUAAAGCGAUCGAUGAAUUCGUCAAUGCGGAGAUGUCUACUGCGCCAAUGAUCGAGCCUAGUAUAGGCAGCACCAUCCGCGCAGGCGGACGACACGUCAGCACGCAACAGGAUAGGGCUAGAGAAGAGGAGCGCAGAGUCUACGAAGAGACCAACCUGACUCGACUACCUAAGGAGAGCAAAAAAGAUAGAGCAAAGAGGGGAGGAAAUCGUCGUGGAGGGUAUGGUGGAGAGGAAUGGCAGGGUCUCGGCGAAGGAGUUGAUCGCAUCCAUCGGCUUACGCAGAGGAGAAAGGAUGGAACCGGCAGUGCGCUACAGAGAAGUCGGAAGAGAGCUACCGAGGAUGGCCCGAGAGGUGAUGGGUUUAAUAUUGGUGAGAAAUUUGAGAAGCGGCAAAAGACAAUUGCCGGUUGGAAACGAUAG